UCCCAGAGGUGAAUGAGGAGCGAUGCUGGGAAACAGAGAAGACCAAGCAGAGCCCACCAGGACAGGUGGCCAACAAUAGGACACGCUCCAAUUCAACCAGUGUUCAUCCUUACUGGAUUGGGGAUCUGGACAGCAUCAUAAUGAAGACUCCAGAGCUGUACACAGGUCAUCCUCACGGGAAUAGUGGUUUAUAUGGAAACAGGAAGUCUCUGUCCCAGCAGCUGGAGUUUCCUCACACCACCUCACAACCUGUGCACCGUCCCUCCCGUUCCCUCAGCUCUGCCCAGCUGGUACACUCGAGCAGCAACGUGCAAGCCUUCAUAAUCUGUAACAUUGUGCUGAUGAAGGGCCAGGGCAAGGGUCUGGGCUUUAGUAUAGUGGGAGGGAAGGAUAGCAUGUAUGGACCAAUGGGGAUCUACGUCAAGACCAUUUUCCCUGGAGGGGCAGCAGCUGCUGAUGGACGGCUGCAGGAAGGUGAUGAGAUCCUGGAGCUGAAUGGAGAGUCUCUACAUGGUCUGACUCAUGAUGAGGCCCUGCACAAGUUCAAACUAAUCAAAAAGGGCCUGCUGACCCUGGUGGUGAGGACCAGCCUGCGUGUGGGGGCUCUGUGCGGUCAGGCUCAGAUAGCUCAACUGUGCAGGUCGCGCUCUCUCAGCUCAACUACAGGCAUGGCCAGGAUCAGUGCUGACAUGGGAGACUACAACUACCUGAACAACAACUGCAGUAACACACUGAGCAUCCCGGGUCAGCCUGCUAAACCCAGAGACCGCAUCAUGAUGGAGAUUAUCCUGCAGAAAGAGGCUGGUGUUGGUCUGGGUAUCGGACUGUGCUGUGUUCCAUCUGGUGACGGAUGCCCCGGGAUCUACAUCCACACCCUUUCUCCUGGAUCCGUAGCACACAUGGAUGGUAGACUCCGGUGUGGGGAUGAGAUCAUGGAGAUCAACGACACUGUGGUUUACAACAUGGCGCUGAAUGACGUCUACACAGUCUUGAGCCAGUGCACUCCGGGUCCAGUCCACAUCAUCAUCAGUCGACACCCUGACCCCAAAGUAUCAGAGCAGCAGCUGAAUGAUGCUAUCGCUCAGGCAGUGGAGAACAGCAAACUGAGGAAGGAUAAGAGCCAGUGGAGUAUUGAUGGCUUGCGUAGACUGGAGUCUUGCGUUCACAGCCGGCAGAGGUGUGAGCGUUGUCUGGAGAGGAAUUUUAGUCAGCUGACGGUGCGACGGGUGCAGAAGACCAUGACCCGCUCCUGCAGCGACAACACCAACAGUCACCACCACAACCGCUGCCUCACCAUCCACAACCUCCACCACGCACACCACAACCCAUCAGCCCGUGUCCACAGCCUAGACACACCCAAGUCCAUGAAGGAGACAUGGUCUGACAACAGACUGUCAGUGCCCGUGUAUCCUGAUGAAGACUAUAACGUCCCGUACAACUCUCCUGCUGCCAACCUGUCCAGUCAGCAAGGCCUGGAUCUAACCUUCAGGGCCAACAAGUCCAGCUGCAGGGUGCGCGCUGCUCCACGUCGGUACUGCUGGCCUCAGGAUGUGACCAGUGAGGAGGGUUAUAAUGGAGACUCCAGCGGCUCCAGUAGAGGAUCCCCAGUUAGAGAUGAAGGACUGGAGCACUCGUCACACAGCAGCUGCCAGGAAGGAGAACGAAUAAGAGAACAGUCAGAGGGGAGCAAAGAAGAUUUCACCCAUCCAGACAGCGCGGCCUGCACCAACGACAGACUACACACAGGCAAUCCACCAGCUGUGCUCUGCUCACAGCCAAAGAGAGGCGCUCUGAGGAGACAGGCCCGCAUUGACCAGCGUAGCCAAGAGCAGCUUCAGGACCCCUGGGUUCGCCUCUCAGACAGCUCCCCUGAAGAGCUGCCCGACAUCCACCGCCAUCACUGCUGCCACCACGCUGCAGACAGGACGCAGCGUCAGAACGCCCACAGUGAGCCAGCCACCAUGAGUGACGAAGAGAACACCCCCGAGCUCAAUGGCACAGCCGCAGAGACCACUUCAGAUCCUCCAUCUGACAUGACUCCCGAAAUCACAUCUGAAACUUCUCUAGGAGCAAAGAAAGGGCCCCCAGUGGCGCCUAAGCCUACCUGGUUUCGCCAGAGUGUGAAGAAAAUUAGGGAUGAGCAGGGCCAGAAGAAGCAAGCUAAACCCACAGAGCAGAGGCCUGCUGUGGGCUUCAGAAGCUUCGGAGUCCGAUCUGCCUCAUCUGGAACCAACCUGUCAAUCAAACAAAAAAUCCAUUCAUUUGAGACCUUUUCCAGUUCAGACGGUCCAGAGAAGGAGGGCAACAGGAAGCCUGUGGCACCUUCCACCUCCCUUCCUCUGAUGGAGAAGGAGUCCAGGAGUCACCCUGCCUCACAUGGAGAUUAUGGGAAGGGCAAAGAUGAAAUCCCCAAAGAGAUCCAGGAAAACCAGUCUGCAUCUGUUAGGGAGACGGACACCUCCGCUAUCACCACCUCCACUUCUGAAGCUUGUCAAACAUCAACCAAAUCCUCUGAAGACGAAUCUCCCCCCAUCAAGUCCCCUACAGAUCUCCCACUUUCUGACACUGUCAGCACUGAUCUGAACUCAGGGAUACAGGAUUCAGCUCCAGUCCAUGAUGACAGGAAUGACUUACCAUCAAAGUCUGAGCUAGAAAGACUGGAUCUUAGCAGGUCCACAGAGUCCAAGGUCCUACCUCCUGCUAUGAGAUCCAGCCAAACUGAAGGGAGAAGUCUUCCGGAGGGGACGGAGGGGGACAGAGCAGAGAGCCCAGGAAAGCCGGCCAGCACGACUCUGAGUGCUGCCCCAUCCACAGAUAGUCAGCCCCUGAGAGGCCUGGAGGGAGAGAGUUUAGGGAGAAUCCUCGCCUUCAGUAACCAGGUUUCACAGGCGUUUAUGCGUUCUCUACCCACGCACCCCUGCCAUGGUAACCCUCACUCCUCAAACCUGCAGGACCCCCCUGCAGUGGAUGUUACGAACCCUCAGGAGUCUGAGGCGGAGGACAGAGGAUUCUCUGUCAGCUUGGCCACACUGAGGGAGUGUACCAUCGAGCGAGGGGAGGGGGGAUCUCACGACGACGCAGCCGUCACUUCUGCUAGUGUUCACUCUGUCAUCUCAGCCAUCCCUUCAGAGGAGAUACAGGAGAUGAUCCAGGAAGUCAAAGCUCUGGACGAAGAGACGCUGAAGCAACUGGUGGACAUCCAUGUUGUGAUUCUGCAUAAAGAGGAGGGAGCUGGUCUGGGCUUCAGCAUCGCUGGAGGGUCUGACCUGGAGAGCAAAGCUCCUAUAGUCCACAGAGUGUUUCCCAGCGGCCUGGCGGCUCAUGAGGGCACCAUUCAGAAAGGAGACGAGGUGUUGUCAAUUAAUGGACAAACACUGCGCGGUCUCACACACGCCGACGCCACUGAUGCUCUGCGUCAGGCCCGCAAUCUGAAGCUGGCUGUGGUGGUCGUCAGCAAAAAGGCAGAGGAGGAAGGAGAGGGAGGAGGUUGCAGGAGCGAAAAGCCCAUCCCUGACGUGGAGGAUCAGGGAACUCCAGUGAGCGUGGAGCUGGAGAAAGGAGCUGGAGGAGUUGGGUUUACUCUGGAGGGAGGGAAAGGCUCUAUCCAGGGAGACAGACCUUUAGUCAUCAACAGGAUCUUUAAAGGUGGAGCAGCGGAACAGAGCGGUCUUCAGCAUGGAGAUCAGCUGCUUCAGGUCCAGGGAGUCAGUCUGCAGGACAUGACCCGUUUUGAGGCCUGGAACAUGAUCAAGGCUUUACCGGAAGGAUCCAUCGCAGUGGUCUACAGUAGGAGGCAGGGGGCGGUAGAGUGACACACAGCUGCUGGGAGCUGCGUACCAACGAAGAGGCCAAAGAAAAGAAACAAUAACACUCCAGGUACACUGAUGCCGGCCUUUCAUUAACAGUCUCAUAGAAAUCAGGUAUCAGCUAUGUCAUGGUGGUCCGCCUUAGACAUGGUGGUUCAGAGGACAACUUCCAAAUGCAUUCCUAUUAUUUUUAUUUCACCUUUCUGACCAGAUAUUAAAGUUUAUUAAAAGGGUCAGUUCACCCAAAAGCCACAUUUUCUCACUUACCUAGACUGGUACUGGUGUCCCACUUACUGUGAAUCAUCUGCAGACCUCACCUUCAUUAGAUAACAGUCCCAGUGUUAGUUUGACAGAGGUCUGUGGACUGUCCUACUGCUGUUGUGUUUGUUGUUGUUGUUGUUGUUUAAUACAGAGCCCGGCCGGUGUCCUGGGGAAAAACAUCUGUAGGGCUGUAAUGUUACACCAUGAUCAACACAAGCAGUUCUCAUAAACUAGGGAUGCACCGAUUGUGAAAUCCUGGGCCAAUACUCGAUGGAGACACCGCUGUCUUUCUGUUGUUAUUUAUUCACCCUGUUUGCCAGGAAAACAAAGAUAUCUACAGAAUUGGCAUUUCUGCCUGGUUGCAGCUUAGUCCAGGGUUCCCACUCUUUUUAAGAAAUCAUUUUCCAGGAGUUUUUCUUUACAGUUCAGGAGAGCAGUUACCUAGUUACCGGUAGACCUAGCAUUGACUUUAACUCCUGUUUUAUGCCUCCUUUUUUAAUGAUGAAGAGCCUCAGGCCAAAAAGGUUGCUGCAAGUCCGUUCAACUCCGUGUCUGCUGUGAACAGCUAGACUGACUGACAUGGUCAAAAAGAAAAGAGCGUUUAAAACGUUUUUUCUGCUCUACUUCACAUCUGGUUAACCCACUUGUGUCACACCAAGCAGCUACUAAUUGCUUACGUAGGCAAUCUGAGGAAGGGACUAAAAUACAAUUAAUAUUUUUCAGGAUAUUUGGUCGUUUUAAUCCAUUUCCAAGGCAUUUCCAUGACUCGAGGUCUCGUCUCUACAUGUCCAGACUUUCCAGGAUGCGUGGGAGCCCUGUCGCUUUUUCUCUACUCAUCCAAGCUGUGAGAGUCAGAGCUAAACAGCUGCUCACUGUCUAUGCUGCUGCCGGGAGCACAGCGGUAUGUGUGCAAAUUGUGCCAGGGCUGGAAAAGGUGAUGAUUUCAUCAUCCAUCACAACAUUUAGCCAAUGCAAAAUUGAUGCGACACAACAAAUGAACAACUGCCACUGAUAUCGCUGAAUGCCAUCUUAUUUGCUGAUAGGCUAAGGUCAGUCAACAAGGCGAAUAUUGGCCCAUACAAUGUCAACUGAUAUGUGGGUGCAUCCCUAUUUAAAAACACAUUUUAAACCAGACUGAAAAAUUUGAAAAAAUGUUUUCAUUCAGGCCCGGUGGAUUCUUACAAAUGCCAUUAGGAGCACUAGGAGGAGCCAGAGCAACCUAAUCGUUUCACAGA